CUGGGUACACUGCUGCCUUUAUAAAUAGUCGCCACAUCAAUCUGUAACCGGUGCGCUCCGGUCGAGUCGCGCAGCCAGCAUGUCGGACGAGGAGCAGUCGUACUCGGAUGAAGAGUUCCCGACCGUCGACGCCAACGCCGCACCACAACACCGUGUCGUCCUGCCUCAAAAGUCAGAGUCCGAUCUGUAUGACUGGGACAACGAUGCGGCGUCCACCAAGCACGACGGCGACGACCAACGCAACGACAGAUCGACACCACUCGUCGAUGGCGACGAGUACACCGAGAACGAUUUUGGCGCUGAAGAGUAUACGUACGACGACGCGCUCACCGAGACAGCGGCGGCAGCAAUCAACACCACGGCCGCAGAUAUCAUCAGCCAGCCCGCCACUGACGACAGUGCAGACUUGGACGCCUACGCGAACGACGAUGACUACACCGAAGAAGACUACACCGACGACGAGUCUCCGUCCGAAUCGGCGGCUACGACAAACCCCUCGGCACCCGAGAUUGCAGUUCCUGACGUCGACGCUGAGACAGUUACCCCCGCUUCGUCCAGCCCAACGUACGAAGACGAUGACAAUGACGUCGAUGU